CCCGAAAGAAACGAUAACCCUCGUGUUGAGUAAACAAGGCUGAGCGAAUUGCAUCACCGAUACACUUUCAUAUCUGGAAUCCAGUUCAAGAGACUCAAUUCUCCCGGAUUUUCAUAUCUCGUUUCCGUCUCUCCAGUAAUACUGACUGCAACCAUGGCACCCGAGGCUGAAACUCUCGAUAAUGGGCUCCCCAAAAUUCAUCGGUACCUCACGGAUCACAACGAAGAAGGACUUGCGGUCUACUCUAAUCACGUUGACGAGGUACUCCCAUGGCAAGAGCUUGCCGACGGUGCUCGAUUCUGUUUGGGAUAUGCGACCGAGGAAUUCCCCGUCCAACUUUCCGGCAACAAGGAUGUCAGCAUUUACCAGAAGUAUAUGGAGAAUAAACCAGGCAUCACCAUUCCAGGCGGCACUGUGCUCAGACUGGUCGACAUGAGGCCUGGCGCUCUUUCACCGAUGCAUCGGACGGUCAGCUUGGAUUAUGGAGUGGUCUUGGAAGGAGAGGUUGCACUUGUGCUUGAUUCGGGUGAGGUUCGAUUGCUACGAAGAGGGGAUACUGCCAUCCAGCGAGGGACGAAUCAUGCAUGGAGGAAUGCCAGCAAGACAAACUGGGCUCGGAUGCUUUAUGUUCUACAAGAGGCUCAACCCCUCGAGGUUGGGGGAAAGAAGCUUGAAGAGGACUACGGUGGUAUACCUGGAGUGCGCCCGUCAGGGUCGGGACAUUAGAAGUAGACCUCAUAAAAUUAAAG